AUGUAUGGCGGUCUAGAUCGGAACGUCAAGGCAGGCAGCAGCAAGAGCAGCGGCCAAAAACGCUUGCUGCCAUUGGAUGCUGAUGUGGACUGUUGCAGGGGCAGGAGUGGGUCGAUCGGAGCUGGCGAGGAGGCAGCAACAGGGCAGCGAAGCUACGUGCUGCAGCAGAUGGGGCAGCAGUGGGGGGUGAGAAGGAAAGCUGCUGACUUGGCAGCUCCUGGGCCUGCCACGUGGCUCGGUAGUGGCGCCGCUGUGGGGAAUAUGGAUGGCAUGGAGAGCUGCACGCCCAUGAGUUCCUUCAAAGCUGCCUUCAUCGCUGCUGCUGCUGCUGCUGCUGCUGCUGCCUCUUCUGCCCACACCCAUGCCCAUGCUCCCACAAACACGCUCAUGCUUACCCUGGGAGACGGCAGGGUGGCAGUUAGUAGGGCAGGAGGUGGGGAGGAAGGAGGGCUGUAG